GGUACAUCCUCCCACGAACCAUGAUAGGGGAAGCGAUCCGCUACUCCCCCGCCGGCCACUCUGCUCUGCUCUACUAGUAACUACUCCACGCCGGUAUGUAGAGUAGACUCCUACUUACCUGCCGCCCCACGGCAGUACUGCCACACACACCAUCGCGUCCACGUCUUCACCCUUCUCGCAACCUCCACCUUAACCUUGCGUCCUCAACGACGAAAGUCCUCUCAAAGGCGUGGUGGAGGAGGGAGCAUGAGCUCAAUCCCAUUGUCCAGCAUGGCCGUGGCCGAGAUCCACCCUGGGACCUUAGUGGAUUUCGAAGCGAUUUGUAUGCACACGAUUUAUACACUUCACCCCCCUUCCGCAGCAUGUCAUCUAGUUACAAGGACCACGUCCCUAAUCCGGGCGCAAUAGCAAAAACGCCGUCGACUAGUCCGGUGGAUCCGUCGAGUAGCGACACGACGCUGGUCGAGUCUCCACUACCGGUACAUGUCUACGACACGCUGCAGAGAUCUCCGUCCCUGUCGUCCCGAGUCACGGUCUCAACCUUUCUCCAAGCCGAUGGACCUUCGCAUCCCCUUCCUGCGGCUAUUCGCUUCCCCGCCAUUGGCGCUCGCUGUCCGCUGCCACCGAUUCCAUACUCUCUGCGUACACGGAAACUUGCCAUCACGAUAGUAUGGACGGUCGUAGUCUUGGACUCGGUGGUACUACCGAUCGGGCUCUUCUUCGUGCUCAAAUACGGCGCCAGAUGGUCCGAUAUCAAGAAUCUUGCGGUAUCCAACGGCGUCUUCGGCUUCAUCGCGUUCCUACAAUACGCGUUACGGUUGUGGCGACUCCUCCGGCCCAGUCCCACCUACCGCCCACUCGACGUAUCCCGAUGGGCGCUCGACUUCUACCAAUACCAGUUCACCCUCGGAUUCAUCCUGGUGACGCUUAUGAUCUCGUUUACCACUGGACCCGAGAACCUGCGGUUGAUAGCACUGGUCCCGAACAUUCUCCCAGCGAUGUGCGGCCCACAGUUCUUCGUCUCCUGCGCGUGCUACCGAGCCGGCCUUCGGAUCCCGUUCAACUUCUCAUCGAUGCCUCGGGGCAGCAUUGCACCGCCCGCGGUGUUCACAGUUAUCGAGGACGUGAUCGCUGUCGACGGCGGCGGCGGGCGAGUUUUUCGCGCGGCAUGGCUGCGCCGCUACGAGGCCAGCGAGAUGUUCCGCGAGAUGAUGUACAGGUUGACGCUGUUCUGGGGCGUCGGCUGCUUCCUCAGCGUAGGGGCAGCGUGUGCAAUCGUGUUUUCCGUCGAGAGCAAGUAUGUCGCGUUUGGGGUGGGCUGGGCGGCCCCGUUCGUGUGGGCUGCCGUGUGGGCCGCGUUGACGACCGUCUGGGUCCAGAGGAUGAUGCGCGAGGAGGAGGACGAGUGGGAGGAGAGGGGGCCCGGCGGCCGAACGGGUGUACCGAAGGCCCCCUUGGAGAUAUCAAGUCCGCUACCGCGGACGUAGGAAAUUAUACCUGGUGCUCUCCUUUGGAUCAGGAAAAGAGACAAGGUCGGCAUCGUCCGAAUUACCAAUCGGUGCACAGAACUGUAAUUGUAAUUAUGUAUGUAAAUAAACUCAUGGGUGUGGAUCUAAAACCACGAUCACUCAC